GUAUUCUUUUAUAAUCGUAUAAAAUUUAAAUAAAUAUUUUAUGUAUUUGCUAUUAUAUAUUCAUGAUAUAUAGAAAAGAAAAAUCAUUAGGGAAUUGGUGUUGCAAAAUCUCAACUCACGUGACCAACGUUGGCCAUGGUCUCUGACACACGACUUCUUUGGCAAAAACCCUUCUCAGUCACUCACUCACUCACUCAACAAUGGCGCUUCAUCUCAAGCUUCUUUCUCUGUUUUAUUGAAGCCCCCUCUUUUUCUCUCAUGACCUUCCAUUAUUCAACUUCAUUUUAGUGUUUGUCCAUCUUACUCUGUACGUAAAAUAGCUUUUUGUUGCUUGGGCCAUGGAGUCUAAGCUUUCGUUUCAGUUCCUCUGUUUUCUACAUCUGUUGUUGGUAUUUAUAUGGGGGGGCAUUAGAGCGCAAGAAGAGCCAAACCCAGAAAGGGAAGCCCUCAUUUCCUUCAGAACAAGACUUCAAAAUCCUCAUCUCCUUUCUUCAUGGAACCAACAACUCUAUCACUGCCAAUGGGAUGGUGUGAUGUGCCAACUCGGUCGAGUCACCGUUCUUGCUCUUACAUCUCGCUCCUUGAAAGGUCCUCUCUCUUCCUCUCUUUCCUCACUCUCCAGCCUCACCCUUCUGGACUUGUCCUCCAACUUUUUGUUUGGCCAAAUACCGGUUGAGUUGGCUGAGUUGACUAUGCUCCGCAUCCUCAAACUCGGGUCCAACUUUUUCACGGGAAAAAUCCCUCCGGAACUGGGCAGCCUGAAAGCCCUUCGUACGCUAGAACUUUCCUCCAAUGGACUCAGUGGCACAGUGCCGGCUCAGCUGGGGCAGUUGACUCACUUAGAGUUCUUGGACCUGGCAAACAAUUUCCUUUCAGGUUCUCUCCCCUCAACUCUCUUCAAAAACCUUCAGUCUUUAACCUCCCUAGACAUUUCUAACAAUUCAUUCUCUGGUAACAUCCCGCCAGAUGUUGGUGAACUUAAAAACCUGACCGCUCUUUACAUUGGCAUUAAUCAAUUCAGUGGGCAGUUGCCACCUCAAAUUGGUAACCUUUCACUGCUCGAGAACUUCUUUUCACCCUCUUGUUCGAUAACUGGGCCCUUACCUGAAGAACUAUUCAGUCUACAGCUGCUUACCAAGCUUGACCUUUCAUAUAACCCAUUGAAAUGUUCCAUUCCAAAGUCUACAGGAAAGUUAAAGAAUUUGAGUAUAUUGAACCUUGUUUACACUGAGCUCAAUGGUUCAAUACCAGCAGAGCUUGGGAACUGCCAGAACUUGAUGAUGUUGAUGCUGUCUUUCAAUUCCUUAUCCGGCUCUUUGCCUGAGGAGCUUUCCAACUUGCCUAUGUUGACUUUUUCCGCUGAAAAGAAUCAGCUCUCUGGGCCAUUGCCGCCUUGGCUUGGGAAAUGGAUCAAAAUGGAGUCCUUGCUGCUUUCAAGCAACCGCUUUUCAGGUAACAUCCCACCUGAGUUAGGGGGUUGUUCCACGCUGAAGCACCUUAGUUUGAGCAAUAACAUCUUGUCGGGUCAGAUACCAAGAGAGCUAUGUAAUGCGGAAUCACUUUUGGAGAUUGAUCUUGACGGUAAUAACCUUUCGGGGACCAUUGAAAAUGUUUUUGUCAAGUGUAGAAAUCUCAACCAGUUGGUUUUGGUUAACAAUCACAUCAAUGGUUCAGUGCCCGAGUAUCUUGCUGAGCUUCCGUUGAUGGUUAUUGACCUUGACUCCAACAAUUUCACUGGCAGGAUACCUGUGAGUUUGUGGAGUUCAGAAACUUUGAUGGAGUUUUCUGCUGGAAAUAAUAUGCUAGAAGGUACGUUGCCAGUUGAAAUUGGUAAUGCUGUUACAUUGCAGACCCUUGUUCUUAAUCGUAAUCUUUUGAGGGGCAGAAUACCGAAGGAGAUUGGCAAUCUCACAGCUCUCUCUGUGCUUAACUUGAACUCGAAUUUCCUAGAAGGAUAUAUACCAGUUGAAAUUGGAGACUGCAAAGGACUUACAACGUUGGAUCUUGGAAACAACAAUUUGAGUGGACCAAUCCCGGUGGAACUUGCUGAUCUGGGACUGCUGCAGUGCCUGGUUCUCUCGCACAAUAAUCUAUCAGGUUCAAUCCCUCGGAAGCCAUCAUUGUAUUUCCAUCAGGCUAAUAUGCCCGAUUUAAGCUUUGUUCAGCAUCAUGGAGUAUUCGAUUUGUCCAACAAUAGACUGACUGGUCCAAUACCUGAAGAAUUGGGGAACUGUGUUGUGGUGGUGGAUCUUCUGCUUAGCAACAACAUGCUUACCGGCAACAUUCCAGGAUCACUUUCUAGAUUGACAAAUCUUACAACUUUGGAUUUGUCUGGGAAUGUGCUAACAGGUUCAAUUCCUGUAGAAUUUGGUGACUCUCUCAACCUUCAGGGCUUGUAUUUGGGGAAUAACCGGCUUACUGGAACCAUCCCUGGAAGCUUAGGCCGUGUUGGUAGUUUGGUAAAGUUAAACUUGACUGGCAAUAAGUUAUCUGGUGUUAUUCCUGCAAGUUUUGGGAACUUGAAAGAGCUUACUCACUUGGAUUUAAGCCGUAAUGAUCUUACUGGUGAGCUACCUUCUUCACUGUCCCAGAUGCUUAACCUGGUGGGGCUUUAUGUUCAGCAGAAUAGGCUUUCUGGUGGGGUAGGUAAUCUCUUCUCCAAUGCCCUCUCUUGGAAGAUUGAAGACAUGAAUUUGAGCAAUAACAUUUUCAAUGGAAACUUGCCACAAUCUUUGGGCAAUUUGUCUUAUGCGACUUACCUGGAUCUUCAUGGGAAUAAGUUUACUGGUGAGAUCCCUUCAGAAGUUGGUAACUUGAUGCAACUUGAAUAUUUUGAUGUAUCUGGAAACAGAUUAUCUGGACAGAUUCCAGAGAGAGUAUGCGGGAUGUUCAAUCUAUUCUACUUGAAUCUGGCAGAAAACCGGUUGGAAGGUCCUGUACCCCGAACUGGUAUUUGCCAAAACCUGUCCAGGACAUUUCUCUCUGGGAACAGUGAUCUCUGUGGCAGAAUUAUGGGUUUAGAAUGCCAGAUCAGAAGUUUUGACAGAUCUUCUUUGUUAAGUGCUUGGGGCCUUGCUGCGGUCACAGCUGCAAGUGUCUUUAUCAUUUUUACUUCGGCCUUUGCUCUACGGAGAUGGAUUAUGAGUAGUAGUCAGCAAUGUGAUCCAGAAGAAAUUGAGGAAAGUAAACUAAAAUCCUUUAUAGAUCAAGAGCUCUAUUUCUUGAGUAGCAGCAGGUCGAAGGAGCCGCUGAGCAUCAAUAUAGCGACAUUCGAGCAGCCACUCCUGAAACUGACACUAGGCGACAUCCUUGAGGGCACUAGUCAUUUUUGUAAGACGAAUGUGAUAGGAGAUGGAGGCUUUGGAACGGUUUACAAAGCUAAGUUGCCUAGUGGUAAGACAGUUGCGGUUAAGAAGCUAAGCCAGGCAAAAACGCAGGGCCAUCGAGAAUUCAUAGCUGAAAUGGAAACCUUGGGUAAGGUGAAACACCAAAAUCUUGUCCCAUUGCUUGGAUACUGUUCUUUGGCCGAGGAGAAACUCCUUGUUUAUGAAUACAUGAUUAAUGGAAGUUUGGAUCUGUGGUUGAGAAACCGCACCGGAGCCCUUGAUGUCCUUGACUGGUCCAAACGCUUCAAAAUCGCAAUAGGUGCUGCGCGGGGACUGGCUUUCCUUCACCAUGGUUUCAUUCCUCAUAUUAUCCAUAGAGAUAUCAAAGCCAGCAACAUCUUACUCAGUGAAGACUUUGAACCAAAAGUUGCCGACUUCGGGCUGGCAAGACUUAUAAGUGCUUGCGAAACUCAUGUUACUACUGAUAUAGCAGGGACAUUGGGUUACAUCCCACCAGAAUAUGGACAGAGUGGUAGAUGCACUACGAAGGGAGAUGUUUACAGUUUUGGGGUAAUUCUACUGGAAUUGGUGACUGGAAAAGAGCCAACAGGCCCUGAUUUUAAAGAGAUUGAAGGAGGCAAUUUGGUUGGUUGGGUUUCUAAGAAGAUGAGAAUGGGUGAAGCUGCUGACGUUUUAGAUGCAAUGGUUUUGAAUGUGGACUCAAAGCAGAUGAUGCUCAAGGUGCUGAGUAUUGCUGAAGUUUGCUUGUCUGAAAAUCCUGCUAAUAGACCAACUAUGCUUCAUGUGCUGAAGCUCCUUAAAGGGAUCAAGGAGGAUUACCUGUCUUUCUACUAGCAAGUAUUAUAGGUUUCUUCAUUAAUAAUAUUGCAGUUUUUUUUACAGAGAAGUUAGAUUUUUAGUUGCUAAUCUAAUUAUAUUUUAUUAAGUUUGUUUUCUUUUUCUUUUUAUGUAAUGCAAUCUUGGAUUAAAUGGUGAAAUUUAGACUGUAGUUGUGCUA